GCCAGUGAAUCAAAGCAAUUCAACUAAGGACAGAAGAGAAUACAUCCAGAUGCCAAUUUGACAAAACUAGCAGAAACUUCUCCAUUUUUGACACCUAUGACUCAGAUGACAUCAGUUCAGUUCAAAUUGUAACGGUUGACUUCAGGUUCAUCUUUAUCCUUAAGGCGGAGGGUGGGGGGAAGGGAGGAUUUCUACCCACCAUCAUCAAUAGCAAUGUCCAAGAGAUAAAAUUAAAAACACAGGUACCAUCUAUAUUUGCACAUUAAAGUCAAAACUUAUUAAGAACCAUGAAGACAGUGAAUGCCUCUGAAAUUUGGAAGCAAAUUCAGCAUCUGAUGUAUGGGACAAGAUGGCCAUUUGUUCAUCACUAAGACUCACCCUUUGCAUGUCAAACGCGUGCCUCCUUAAAUUCACAAACUUUACCUUCAGAUGAUACGUCAACUAAGCACAUAGAUCGCGUGUAUUCAUCAUGCCAGCUCAGCAACAUUCAAGCCAUUUGUCUAUUUAAAUAGAUCCUAUUCCUCCUUCAGAUCUUUCAAGGCUGGUGGGUGAAGCACUUUACUCAGAAGGAAGGUGGAAGACUAGAUGCAUUUCUAUAAGCUUUAAUUUGCAAACAGCAAAUUACUUCCUCCUGUUAAGCAUUGUAAGGAUAACGAUGGGUAGACUAUUUCCUGCCACUAACUUGCUGCCACAUGGACAAGGUGAUGCUGUGGAGAAUUUUCGUUUUGUAUGGAGAGAAAUUCGAGCACCAUUGAUCAUUCCAAUGGUAAGGAUGGCAGUAUGGAUCUGUGGAGUGAUGUCUGUAAUGCUGUUUGUUGAGAGGGUCUACAUGGCUGUAGUGAUUGUCUGUGUGAAAUUAUUGGGCAAACAAAGGUAUACAAAGUAUAAAUUGGACGCUGUAAGAGAGGAUCUGGAGAUGAAAGGUUCCUACCCAGUGGUUCUAGUUCAGAUACCUAUGUUUAAUGAGAAGGAGGUAGGAACUAUUCACCUUUUUGUCUGUCAUUUGUUAACAUCAGUUUAUUAUCUAUUUCCAUGUCAACACUUUCAGGUCUACCGGCUAUCAAUUGGAGCUGCCUGUGGGCUCUCAUGGCCAUCUGACAAAAUCAUAAUUCAAGUUUUAGAUGAUUCAACUGACAGAAUAACAAGGGCUUUGGUAGAGAUGGAAUGCUUAAAAUGGAUGAGCAAGGGAGUGAACAUCAAGUAUGAGACAAGGAAUAACAGGAAUGGCUACAAGGCAGGAGCAAUGCGAGAUGGACUAAAGAAAAUUUAUGUUAAAGAUUGUGAGUUUGUAGCUAUAUUUGAUGCAGAUUUCCAGCCAGAGCCUGACUUCCUUUCUAGGACAGUUCCCUUUCUUCUUGGCAACCCUGAACUAGGCUUGGUUCAGGCUCGAUGGAGAUUUGUGAACUCAGAUGAGUGCCUAAUGACACGUCUCCAGGAGAUGUCUCUAGACUACCAUUUCAGUGUAGAGCAAGAAGUAGGGUCAUCAAUGUAUUCCUUCUUUGGCUUCAAUGGCACGGCUGGAGUCUGGAGAAUACAAGCCCUUAUGGAUGCAGGUGGAUGGAAAGAAAGAACAACUGUCGAAGAUAUGGACUUAGCAGUUAGAGCUAGCCUCAAGGGUUGGAAGUUUGUCUUUGUUGGUGAUCUCUCUGUUAAGAACGAACUGCCCAGUACAUUUAAAGCGUAUAGAUAUCAACAACAUCGAUGGUCAUGUGGACCUGCCAAUCUCUUCAGGAAAAUGAUCAAGGAGAUCAUCUUGUGUGAUAAGGUAUCCAUGUGGAAGAAGUUUCAUGUCAUAUAUGCGUUCUUCUUUGUACGGAAGAUUGUGGCACAUCUAGUGACUUUCUUUUUCUACUGCAUGGUUAUCCCAUUAAGUGUGCUAGUUCCUCAAAUACACCUUCCCAAAUUUGUGGCAAUCUACAUCCCUUCGACAAUCACUAUUCUAAAUGCAAUAUGCACCCCAAGGUAUGGACUUGACCUCUUUGUGACUGUGUUUAAGUUGCUUCUCAAGAAAGAUAACAUGACCCUUACUGUUCUUAUGGUUCAUAUGAAUAGGUCCCUUCAUUUGGUCGUGUUCUGGAUACUCUUUGAAAAUGUAAUGUCACUGCAUCGAACAAAGGCAGCCAUCAUUGGACUCAUAGAGGCCAACAGAGUGAAUGAGUGGGUGGUGACAGAGAAGCUUGGGAACACAAUCAAACAGAAGGCUAGCAUCAAGUUAAGCAAGAAGCCACGAUCACUAGCUGGAGAGAGGAUUCAUACACUGGAGAUCCUAAUGGGAAUAUUCCUUUCCUACUGCGCAAUCUAUGAUCUCUUGUUUGGUCAUGAUCACUUCUACAUCUACCUAUCCUUACAGGCUAGUGCAUUCUUUAUAAUUGGUUUUGGAUAUGUUGGGACACUUGUAUCUAACUAAGUACAUUACUGUGCCUAACCAACAUUUUGCCUCUCUGAAAUAGACCUAAAGUCCAUAUUUCAUGUAUAUGGCACAUGUAAGUAAAGAUCUGAGGAUAUAUGAAAGUAGCAACAGUGAUGCAUGGAGUCUAUUCAUCAUUCUUACAAAGUAUGCUGAUGCAAGCAUGUAUCACAAUGAGGAAAUGACUGCAAAUCAAGUAUGUGGAUUCAUACGACACUCAGAAAACAAAUGCAUAAGGGAAAGCAUCCAUUUCUCAUAAUCAACAUAUACAUGUUUUAUGAUUGUAUGAUCCCAGGAAACAACCUCAUGGAUGUGUGUGUGAUUUGUCUAAUUCCUUCAUCCUGAGAAUCAUGUACAAAAGCUAGUACAAGUGCAUGAAAAGUGCAUCCAGAAAACAAAAAGAAUGACAAUAGAACAGUCAAAAUAAUAGGAAAAGUAC